AUGACCGUUUCACAAUUGUUAAAACAAAGAGUUAGAUAUGCCCCUUACUUAGAUAGAGUAAAAAAAGCACAUGAAUUAAUUCCGUUAUUUAAGAAUGGACAAUACUUGGGUUGGUCUGGAUUCACUGGUGUCGGUACUCCAAAAUGUCUCCCAGAAGCAUUAGUAGACCAUGUAGUUCAAAAUAAUUUGCAAGGUAAAUUGAAAUUUAACUUAUUCGUUGGUGCUUCCGCAGGUCCGGAAGAGGAAUCAUGGGCUACACAUGACAUGAUUAUAAAGAGAGCACCACAUCAAGUCGGUAAACCUAUUGCAAAAGCUAUUAAUACUGGGCAAAUUAAAUUCUUCGAUAAGCAUCUUUCAAUGUUUCCACAAGAUUUAACAUAUGGUUUCUAUACAAGAGACCGUACAGACGGUAAAAUAUUAGAUUAUAUGAUCAUUGAGGCUACUGCUAUUAAAGAAGAUGGGUCUAUUGUUCCUGGUCCAUCUGUCGGUGGUUCUCCAGAAUUUGUUAGUGUUAGUGAUAAAGUUAUUAUUGAAGUCAACACUGCAACCCCGUCCUUUGAAGGACUUCAUGAUAUUGACAUGCCUGUUUUACCACCUUACAGAACACCUUACCCAUACGUUAAAGUCGAUGAUAGAUGCGGUAAGAAUUCAAUUCCAGUCGAUCCAGAUAGAGUUAUCGCUAUUGUUGAAUCUACUGUAAGAGAUAAAGUCCCACCAAAUACUCCAUCCGAUGCAAAGUCUCAAGCGAUCGCAUCCCAUUUAGUUGAAUUCUUCAGAAAUGAAGUUAACCAUGGUAGAUUACCAGAGAAUUUAUUACCUUUACAAAGUGGUAUUGGUAACAUUGCUAAUGCUGUCAUUGAAGGUUUAACUGAUGCUAAUUUCAAGCAUUUGAAUGUGUGGACUGAGGUCUUACAAGAUUCAUUUUUAAAUUUGUUUGACAAUGGAUCCUUAGAUUUUGCUACUGCUACCUCAAUUAGAUUAACAGAAACAGGUUUUGAGAGAGUUUUCUCUAACUGGGAUAAAUUCAAGGACAGAAUUUGCUUGAGAUCCCAAGUUGUCUCCAAUUCUCCAGAAAUUAUUCGUAGAUUAGGUGUCAUUGCCAUGAACACACCUGUGGAGGUUGAUAUUUAUGGUCACGCCAACUCUACUAACGUCAAUGGUUCUCGUAUGUUAAAUGGUUUAGGUGGUUCGGCGGAUUUCUUAAGAAACGCUAAAUUGUCUAUCAUGCAUUGUCCAUCAGCUAGACCAUCCAAGACCGAUCCAACUGGUAUCUCUUCCAUUGUUCCAAUGGCUUCUCAUGUUGACCAAACUGAACACGAUUUGGAUGUUGUUGUUACUGAACAAGGUUUGGCAGACCUAAGAGGUUUAGCCCCACGUGAAAGAGCCCGCGAAAUCAUUAAACAAUGUGCUCAUCCAGAUUACAAAGAUUUAUUAACUGAAUACUUGCACAAGGCUGAACAUUAUAGUGCUCAACAUAAUUGCCUACAUGAGCCACAUAUGCUACAGAAUGCAUUCAAAUUCCAUACCAAUUUACAAGAGAAGGGGACUAUGAAGGUGACUGAAUGGAAUCCAGUUGAUUAA